CAACAAACGUAUAAACGCCGAGGAAGUGGACUUGUCCGAUGUCAACUUGCCCUGAUAUGCAAAUUCAGUCGACAAUAUGUAAUAUUUUUCAUGACUUAAACAAUAAUCGACGAGAAGUGCUAUAAACAGACAUGCCAGCUCAGCCGGCUGCCAGAGAACCAGAGGAGGAGAUGGAGACAGAGGCUGACCCGGAGGCUCCUCAAACUAACGGCGAGGUGGAGGAGGAGCGAGAGGGAGGAGAGGCAGAGGAGACAAUGGAGGAGAGUGGAGAGGAGCGGGACAGCGACCUGGAGGAGAGUGAGCCAGAGGAGGAAGAGGAGGAAGAGGAAGAAAGUUCAGAAAUGGAUGAUGAAGAUUGUGAGAGAAGACGAUUACAGUGCCUAGAUGAAAUGUCUGACCUGGAAAAACAGUUCUUUGAGUUAAAAGACAAGCUUUUUCAAGAACGUCUGAACCAGGUUAAAAUGAAGCUAGACGAGGUUUUGACAGGAAAGGCAGGAGAGUACAGAGAACCUUUGGCAACACUGCAGCAGAACCUACAGCAGAGAACACAAGUGGCAGGUGUGUACAGAGAACUUUGUCUGCAGGUAGUCAGACACAAACAUGAAUGUGAAGUCCAGGGGGCCAGACAACAUCUAGAGAGUGAGAGGACACUCUUAUUUGAUGCCAUGAAAACAGAACUGCUGGAGAAGAUCCGCAGACUGGAAGAGGACAAACAGAGCAUUGACAUCACCUCAGAGUGGUGGAAUGAUGAAGUGAGGAUGAAGAAAUGUAAGAGAAGGAGUCACCUGAUUCGCCCAGACAGGAAGAAGAAGGCAGCUCUUGUGUCAGGGCCAUACAUAGUGUAUAUGCUAAGAGACAUUGACAUACUAGAGGACUGGACGGCCAUCAAGAAGGCAAAAGCGACACUGAUGCCUCUGAAGAAGAAAGCAGACAGAAGCUACACUGGGAGGUCAAGGACCUCAUGGUAGUCAGGUGAACCUCAUUAAACUGACUGAAUUAUCUCAUUGUAAAUUUAUUGAAGGCAAUCAUGUGCACUGACCUUGCCUUGGGCUAAAUAUAUUUAACCAGUGAUUUCUUUCUCACGACAAGAUUGGCAUAGAUUUCAUAGUGCAAUAUAGGACUCUCUCUAUCUUUAACAAUCUAACUACAUAAUUCUGUAUAAUCAUUUUUAAUUCGAGAUUCAAGUUUGUUUUUGAGUAUGUAUGUGUUGAUGCAUGCUUUUAAAUAAUGAGGUCUUUAUUUGGUAUGAUUAGACUUCCUAGUAAACAUGCCUUCAGGGAUACUCACACACUCAUAGACAAACACACACAACAGUUACUGUUACUGUCUGCCUCUAGCUUAAAUGGAUGCAAAGGCUUAAAGGUGCCAUAGAAUGCAUUGAUUCAAUAUUUUAAAUUGUUCUCUGAUAUCUACAUAGAAGGUAUGUGGCCUAGGUAAGGGCAAAAAUUCUCCAGAAACGGUUUUACAUGUGCAUUUACAACCCUAGGAUUUCUCCCUGGAAUGAAAUGGUCUGUUAUUGGCUUAUUUGGAAGGGUCAUGAAUAAUAAUGUUGAGCUCUGCUCUGUUUGGCUGUUUCACAGUGCGGCUCUGCUCUGAUUGGCUGUUUCCCAGUGCGGCUCAUUUCAGUAGCUCACAGCAAGAAGGAAACACAGGGAGGAAAAUAUAUAUUUCAAUACUUUCUCUCGCAGUUAUAUCGUCAGGUAAUUAUACUGUAUAUAAAAUGCGGGCAUCAGGGAGCCGCUAUUAAUAUGCAGGGCACUAAAACUGCUUCUGAAACUGAACUGAAAUCGCUUUUUACUUUCACUUUCGAGAUUCGCGAUCGCACAAACUCUGUUUAUACUAUGGAGCGGCAGUAGCCACACAUUUUCCAAGAUCAUGCUUGUCAGUGGUGCUCAGGAUCUGUAAAUAAUUCACCAUCAUCCUCAGUCAUCUCUCCUUACUCUGUUUAUGUGGUAAGUGAAAUCUUAUGUGUUGUAAUGUAACAGGCUACCGCUAGCAAGGAGCUAACCAUGUCCCUUUAGUGGCUUGCGUCAGUUUAUUAGAACGUGUUAUUUGUUUUCUGUGCCUUUCUGAAUACAGACAUCAACCCAUUAGAGGUCUGCAAGCCCGUCGGGUCCCGACGGAGCCCGACACGCUGAGUCCAUUGGGGCUGGGCUCGUGCCAUUUUUUUUUUUUACAGAUCAGGCUCGGGUAGGGCUCGGGCUCAUUUAGCUUCUCUCCUUUUUUUGUGCCCAUAUACGCGCAGAGAGCACACAUGGCUACUGUAUUAAAUACUGAUUAUAUUCAUUUUGAUCAGCCAUACAUUUGAUGAUGAUCCUGACUCGCCAUCUCCUCACUGGAUGCGCCUUUAGAGAGAAAUGCAUCUUUAGGGAUUUUAUAAUGAAAGAGUUUUUGUUUUCGAUUCGAAUUAUUUCAUUUUAAAGUAGUAAUUCAAUGCUUUCUAUAGAUACUAUAUUUAUCAAGUCAGUGAGGCAAGUAGUCUAUAUGCUGUGUUUCGGUUUUUCAGAAGCGUUCCUGCUCAAAACCGAAACUGCUUUUUUUAGUUUUAUUUUUUUAUAAAAGCACGUUUUGUUGAUAUUGUGAGUGCACACAAAUAAAAUUAGACCCUUUACAGUUCCGAACAACGUAGCCUUUUACUCUUACCUUUAUGAGCAAAAAUGACAGCGUAUUUUUAAAUGUUUCCAAUGCAAGUGAUCGUUCUUACAUGUCCAGUAAAGCUUCAGCUUCCACUCUCCGCACAAACUACUGGAUAUGCAUCAGUGCACAUUUAUCUAGCUCAAGCGUUUAAACUAACAUUGUGGAGCUGUUUUAUAAUUAUAGAUUUAAUUUUAGAGAAGUCGUGAUGAUUUGAGAAAGCUAAAUUGAUCAAACAUAGGCUAUGAUCAACUCGCUGUCUGCCGCUGGCCGCUUGGUCGUAACUUUAAAAAACCAAAACUUACAUUUAACGAAUAAAAAAAAUGCUCCAAACGUUUUUCUAAAUUAACUUAAUAAAAUAACGAAACGAAAUACAAUCACUUUGCCAUUUCAUACAAAACUGAACUAUUUUAAUAGCUGAAACAGUAUUAAAAUAGUACUCUUUCGCUGUUUCGGGAGAGGGGGGAAAAAAGACGGGCUCGGGUCGGACUCGGGCCGAGAAUUCUGAUGAGCUGUCGGACACGGGCCGGGCUAGGGCCUGAGCGUCUCGGGCCAGGGCCGGGCUAGGGCCUAAAUUUUAGGCCCGUGCAGGGCUCUACAACCCAUCCCCGCACUUCACAUCCCCUGCACAGCCUGGAACAUAACAUUUAUUUCCGUGAUCUGCCAUUUUCGCUGUUGUCCUUGCUUGUUUCUUCACAAUACCUGCAGAAUUUCUGAUGAUUUGUCUGGCGGCUGGCCUAGAACAUGGGCGUGUAUAUGCAAAUGUUGGGGGCAUAACUAUUAGUGAUCCCGACUGUUACAUCACAGUCGGUGUUAUGUUCUGAUUCGCCUAUUUUUCAGUGGUCUUUUUUAUUCACGAGAUUUACAUAAGAAGGAGGAAACAAUGGUGUUUGAGGCUCACGGUAUGUCAUGUCCAUGUACAGAAGUCUUAUUAUUCAAAUAUGCCAAGGUAAAUACAGUUUUCCAUUCUAUGGCACCUUUAAGCAUGUUGUCCUUUGACACCCAGUUGCGUCCAUUAGCCCUGACCCUCACUCACAAGCUCUAUCUGUCUGGCCUCUGAUUAAGUUAGAUACAGACGUUUGAUUUAUAGAGCCAUUUCCCUCUUUCUGUCACUCCAGACUGAUCGACUGAAACUACUUUGGCUUUAAUGUCACAUUUAGAGUCUUGUUCUAUCUCUAAGAAAAAUGGUUUGACAUGUAACAUUUGAUUCUGCUCUGUCUCUCAUUCGUCUUUUUAUUUCUCCCAGAUGUUGCUCUUUCUCUCACUCUCAUCCCUCCAUUUCUUUAUUGUCUUCCUUUGCAUCAUAAGAAUCACAAGCAAAUACCAUACACCAUUGUUAUAAUACUGCGCUUGUGAAAAAGAAGUGUGCUUAAUUGUACUGAAUUUAGAUUUCAAAGUUAAGCAGAGCUAGUUAAUGCAGCCACAGAAAUGGAAACUGAUCAACAUUUCUGAUCACUCAUCUUGUCGCGGUCACAGCUAGUUUACAGAUUUACUUGGAAGAGAUACAUUUUAUAACUUGUUGAAUGCAUUCACUGAGAAAAAAGGUACAAAAGUUGUCACUUUCAAAAGGUACCAUUUACAUUUUAAUAUAUACACUUUAGGUACUAAUACAUAUCUUUAACCUCUUAGCAUUCCUGGAAAAUUUAGCUUAGCACAAAGUGUACCUUAACGGUACAUUGGAACACUAACAGGAUAAGGUACUAAUUUUCAUCCUUCAGAGCUAAAUAAGGCACAGAAGUGUACCUUUUGAAAAAGUAUCGUCCCAGUGACAGCUUUUGUACAUGUACCUUUUUUUUCAUUGACCAUUUAAUGACAGCAGUUUCACUUUAGCUAGACAGCUCUAUACAGUGACAUAAAAUGUCUUGAAAACAGAGAGUUAGAGCAUUAUUAUAGAGCUAUUAAAGCGUAACAUGUUGAAGAUGGUGUGCGUGUCUGUUUGU